CAGCCGCGGGGAGGGGGCGGGAGGAGAGAGGCAGCUCAGCUCUAGCUCCGCGCUCAGCUCCGCUCUGCUCUGCCUCAGCUCUGCGCUCACCUGCUGCCCUAGCCUCCCGCUCCUGCCCAGGACCCCCGGGUGGGCCCCAGACCCCAGGCCCUGUCGGGCUACUCUGCCUCUGCCAGGACUCCCCGACCCCUAGCCCCAGCAGCUCGCUACGCCGCCAGGGGGCGCCGUGUGAGCGCUCUAUCCCGGCCACCCGGCGCCCCCUCCCACGGCCCAGGCGGGACGGGAGCGGGGCGCCGGGGGCCAUGCGGGGCCAGGGCCGCAAGGAGAGUUUGUCCGAUUCCCGAGACUUGGACGGCUCCUACGACCAGCUCACGGGCCACCCUCCGGGGCCCACUAAAAAAGCGCUGAAGCAGCGGUUCCUCAAGCUGCUGCCGUGUUGCGGGCCCCAAGCCCUGCCCUCAGUCAGUGAAACAUUAGCCGCCCCAGCCUCCCUCCGUCCCCACAGACCCCGUCCGUUGGACCCAGACAGCGUGGAGGAUGAGUUUGAACUGUCCACUGUAUGUCAUCGGCCUGAGGGACUGGAGCAGCUGCAGGAGCAAACCAAGUUCACACGCAAGGAGUUGCAGGUCCUGUACCGAGGCUUCAAGAACGAAUGUCCCAGCGGAAUUGUCAAUGAGGAGAACUUCAAGCAGAUUUACUCCCAGUUCUUUCCUCAAGGAGACUCCAGCACCUACGCCACUUUCCUCUUCAAUGCCUUUGACACCAACCAUGAUGGCUCAGUCAGUUUCGAGGACUUCGUGGCUGGUUUGUCGGUGAUUCUUCGGGGAACUGUAGAUGACCGGCUGAACUGGGCCUUCAACCUAUACGACCUCAACAAGGAUGGCUGUAUCACCAAGGAGGAAAUGCUUGACAUCAUGAAGUCCAUCUAUGACAUGAUGGGCAAGUACACGUACCCUGCACUCCGAGAGGAGGCCCCAAGGGAACACGUGGAGAGCUUCUUCCAGAAGAUGGACAGAAACAAGGAUGGCGUGGUGACCAUUGAGGAAUUCAUUGAGUCUUGUCAAAAGGACGAGAACAUCAUGAGGUCCAUGCAGCUCUUUGACAAUGUCAUCUAGCUCCCCAGGAGAGGGGUCAGCGUGUCCUGGGGAAACCAUGCUCUAGCCCUAGUCCAGGCGACCUCACCCUUUUCUUCCCAGGCCUGUCCUCAUCCUAGCCCUAUCCUGGGGACUGUAGAGAUCCAAGAGUCUGGGGAUUUGGUAGUCCAGAUCCCUGGAGCUGAAGGGGCCAGAGAGUAGACAGAGUGCAUCUGGGGGAAUGUUCCUAAUUCCCAAUGCUCUCGGCCCCCUUUCUGCCUGACACUCAGUGCUGAUGGUGCCCUUACUGUUGGAACUGAGUGGUUUCCCACCUCCUACCCCUACUCUAGAAACCGUGACUCUAGACAGAAUGUCUCCUGCUAUGGUGCUUCCCCCCCUCCCUGAUCUCGUACAUAUUUUCCCUAAGACUCCCUUCUCAGAAAGGCACUGGCCGGCUUUUCAGACCAACCUUUAAGAACCCUAUGGGAGAGGGACAAGAAUAUAGAGGAGGAUCCUGGGCCUGGGCUAGUGACUGGAUCCUAGGCGGUAGCUGGGGUAGAGAGCAGAAAGGCCUGGGCAGAUUGUGAGAGCCUGGGCAUCCCAGGUAACAGCUCUGAGUUUCAUAAGUCUGCUACCCCAGGCUAUCAGGAUAUGAGUUUCCUGGCUUUUCAGAAGUCCUUACCUCUUUGGAAAUGUCCCAGAAAUUUUCCAUACCCUCCUAGGAAAGCCUGGGAUCUGGAUAUCUGGCCCAUCCCUGGAAUUCCGUCCUCUCCCUCCUUCCUACUUGUUGACAGGGGAAUAUGGGUGGGAGAUGGCUGACACCUGCCGAAGUUUCUGCCUACUUUCUCUGCUCAUCACCUCUUCCAAUAUCUAUGACUGGAGUUCCCAUUUGCCAGGUCCUUUAAACUUGGAGGCAAGGAGUGAGCCAGGAACUUCCUGGACUUAAGUCCUAUCACUCCCCACAGUGAAGGCCUUAGGAGGAGAGGGAAGGAGGGAGGCAUGCACACCAUCUGAGUCCAGUGUGGGGGCUUUCAUUAGCAUCUUUGAUCAACCCACGCUCUACUCCACUCCCCCUUCCCACAUAACCAGUUCAAUUCUCGAGGGUCUCCUCUUGCUCUACUCAAGCUACCAAGAGAUGCCCCUGAUCAUACCUAGAGAGCAGGGACCAUAGGACCCAGGUCCCACCUCAUCGUCAGCAUCCCUGCCAUGCUGCCCCCCCUUGAUAUACCUGCUUAUCCCAUCAGCUCACCCUCCCAGUCAACCAGAAUCUGAGGGGAAGGGCCUAGGAGCCCCAUUGCCCAUCAGAACACUAUCGACUGCUUUGCAUUUUUGGCUCUUAUGUAUAUUUUGUAAAAUGUACAAUACACCAGAUCCAAUAAAACACAAUGGCUAUGCACAG